AUGGCUUCAGGACAAUCGUGGCUGAACCAGGACUUUGGUGGAGACGACGAAGAAUCGGACAACGACUUCAACCCUGGGUACGAGGGCGGGUCGGACGAGGAGGGUGAAGAAGCAGAUGUAAAGACCGAGCGCGGCGCCAAAGCAGCUGGUGAUGACGACGAAGACGAAGACGAUGACCGUCCUGCACCUACCACGAACGGUAACAAAUCGUCCUCUCCUGCGAGAAAGGAUCGACGACCGCGACCGGAUGAGGACGAUGAAGAUGGUGACCAAGAAGAGCAGGCGGACAACGGUGAAGAUGACGAAGGCGAGGGUGAGGACCUGCACGGCGAAGACGAGGACGAUGAAGAUGAAGACGAUGAAGAGGACGAAGAUGCAAUCACCAGUCGGCCCAGAAAGCGCCGGCGGCGAGGCCUGAAUCAGUUCUUCGAAGAAGAAGCCGAAGUCGACGAGGAUGACGAUGAACUCGAAGCCGAGGAGGACGAUCUUGGGCCCGAUUUCAUCGAGCAGAAUCACCCCGACGACGACCUCCCCCCCGAAGCAGACCAGGAUGACGCGAGACACAGAGAGCUGGACCGCCAGCGGCAGAUCGAGGCGUCGAUGGAUCUGGAGAAGCAGGCGGCCGCUUACAAAGAGCGGUACGGUCGAAGAACAACCACGGCCUUGAGCCAGGGUUCCUUUGUGCCACAGAACCUGCUCAUGCCGGACGUCAACGAUCCAAGUAUCUGGGGAGUUCGAUGCAAAGCUGGAAAAGAGAGAGAAAUUGUCAGCCGGAUCAUGAAGAAAUACUUUGAGAGCAAGGGUCGGAACCAGCUGCAAAUCUGUUCAGUCUUUGAAAGAGGCGAUGGUCCUAUGGCCGGGUACAUCUUUGUCGAGGCUCUGAAGAAGAGCGACGUCGAAGAUGCCCUGACCAACGUCCCGGACGUCUAUCCGCGAUCCAAGAUGAAUCUGGUCCCAGUGAAGGAAAUGCCUGACUUGUUGAGGACCAGAAAGGACAAGGAGCUGGAAGUCGGUGGUUACGUGCGCAUCAAGCGAGGUCUCUACAUGGGCGACUUGGCCAUGAUCGAGGACGUCGAAACCAAUGGUCUCGAAGUGACACUCCGCCUGGUCCCUAGGCUUUCCUACGGCUUGGAAGAGGACCAGGGACGACCGGCUCUUGCAGAUGCAAAGCGCAAACGACCAAAUGCAUUCGGACCGAUCAACACGUUUCAAAAUCGACCUCCACAGAGGCUAUUCAACGAGCUGGAAGCGAAGAAGAGGCACGAGCGAUUUGUCACCCAAAACCGAGGGCUGACUGGCAAGAGCUUCACCUACAAGGGCGACACCUACGAGAAUGGAUUUCUGAUCAAAGAGUUCAAGCUGCAGCAUCUCAUCACCGAGAACGUCAACCCAAAGCUCGAGGAGAUCACAAAGCUCACCAAAACCGCCGCCGACGGCUCCGAGCUGCUUGAUCUCGAAACUCUGGCCCACAGUCUGCGGAACACGACUGCUGAAGGCAACUAUAUGCCUGGCGAUGAGGUCGAGGUCUACGAGGGUGAACAGAGAGGCAUCGUCGGCAAGACAGAAGCUGUCCAUGGCAACAUUGUCUCCAUUAUGGUGUCCGAGGGCGAACUGACCGGCCAGCUCGUCGAGGUGCCUGUCAAGGGUCUGCGGAAACGCUUCAAGGAGGGUGACAACGUCAAGAUCAUUGGUGGUAGCAAGUACCGCGACGAAGUGGGAAUGGUGCUGCGAAUCAAGGAUGAUAAGGUCACGGUCCUCACCAACAACAGCAACGACGAAAUCACCGUCUUUAGCAAAGAUCUCCGGGAAGCCACCGACUCGGGCAGUGGUGGUGCAGGAACCAGCAAGUUCGACGUGCAAGAACUGGUGCAGGUCGAUCCCACGACGGUUGGGUGUGUGAUCAGAGCUGACCGGGAUUCGGUUCGGAUUCUUGAUCAGAAUGGCUCGGUCAUGACAAAGAUACCAUCGCAGAUCCAGAAGAUCGAAGCCCGGAAGAAUGCGGUCGCGACGGAUAAGAAUGGUUCAGAGAUCCGCAUAGGCGACGUGGUCCGCGAGUCUGGCGGAGAAGGGAAAUCUGGAACGAUUCUCCAUAUCCACCGAGGGUAUGUCUUUUGCCACAACAAGCUCGGGAUCGAGAAUUCGGGCAUCUGGGUCAACCGGUGCACAAAUGUCAUCACCACGGCGGCAAAGGGUGGGCGCAUCACAGCCCCGACUACAGAUCUGACCAAGAUGAAUCCCGCUCUUCAGAUGAAGCGACCAGACAUGGCCAUGCCGCCUCCACAGCGACCUGGGCGAGAUCCUCUUCAGGGGAAGCUGGUGCAUAUCAACAAGGGAACGUACAAAGGUCACCGUGCUCUUGUCAAAGACACGACAGCUGGCGAAGCAAGACUUGAACUUCAAACGAAGAACAAGGUUAUCAAUGUCAGCAAGUUUGAUUUGUCAAUCAUUGACCCCAACUCGCAGAACCGGACAAGAUAUGAAGACUGGAUCAGGCAGCGUGGCGGCCCAUCGGCAAUCAGAGCAGGACCUGGUGUUCCCGGCUCCCGGAUUCCCGAUGCAGGCUUUGGAGGCCGAACACCCAUGGGCGUCAUGGAUGGAGGCCGAACUCCAGCAUGGGGCUCCUCGUCAAGGACGCCUGCCUGGAGUGGUCCUGGAGCUGCGAGUCUCGAUUCCAGCCGCACCCCAUCGUGGAAGGGGGCUUCGGGCUCUCAGACAUCGUAUGGAGGUGGUGGCAUGACUUCGUACGGCGGCGCAGGCAACUACUCGACCAACACAGGCUCCCGCACACCAGCGUGGAGCUCCGGCGCAAAGACUCCCUACGGUGGCGACCACGGAUUCAGCUCUUCUGGUAAUCAGGGCUUUGACGCCUUUGCAGCCGGCUCCCGCACUCCAGCAUAUAACCCGGCGUCGUCACGGACUCCAGCCUGGGGCGGACCCGGCAGUUCUGCAGCGUCGGCUCCCACGCCUGGCGCGCGUCCUUACGAUGCGCCGACUCCGGGAAUCUCAGCGCCCACGCCGUCUGCGUCUGGACCUGGCCGCUACGACGACGAGGCAUACACUCCAUAUCUCAGCGCCCCGACCCCAGGCGCAUCAGCAACCGCACCACAGGAUGCACCGACUCCAGCUCCCCCGAGUUUCGCAAAGAGCGCAAACCGCGAGCCGUUGAAAGCCAAUCGACUGGCCGUGUUUGACGCACCGACCCCUGCUGCAAGUGCACCGACACCGUACGCCAGCGGCGCCUUUGACGCGCCCACCCCUGCAGCAGGAGGACCUCGAUACGUGGAUGACGACGACGACGAUGAGUAG